GAUUCCAGAUGGUUCUGGAAGCUCAGGUCAGGAUUUCUCGAAUGCUCGGAAAGGAUAGAAAAGCUGCACAGCUAUCGUGAACCUGUUAGUUAGCCGGGUUGUCCGCGACUGGAACGACUUCCAUACAUUUCACAGUGGAGUUUUCCAUACACUGAGGGUCAAGAUGCCUGAAUCACACGACCAACCAAUGGAGGAGGAGGCUGAGACCUUUGCAUUCCAGGCUGAGAUUGCUCAGCUGAUGUCCCUGAUCAUCAACACUUUCUAUUCCAACAAAGAGAUCUUCCUUAGGGAGCUUAUCUCCAACUCCUCAGAUGCCCUGGACAAAAUCCGCUAUGAGAGUCUCACUGACCCCACCAAGCUAGAUACUAACAAGGAUCUCAAAAUCGAAAUAAUUCCCAACAAAGAGGAACGCACCCUGACCCUGAUUGAUACGGGUAUCGGCAUGACCAAGGCUGAUCUGAUCAACAAUCUGGGCACAAUCGCCAAGUCUGGCACCAAGGCUUUCAUGGAGGCUCUGCAGGCUGGAGCCGACAUCUCCAUGAUCGGUCAGUUUGGUGUGGGUUUCUACUCUGCCUACCUCGUGGCUGAGAAGGUGACAGUCUUAACCAAGCACAAUGAUGACGAGCAGUACGCCUGGGAAUCCUCUGCUGGAGGCUCAUUCACAGUUAAAGUGGACAACUCUGAGCCCUUGGGGCGUGGCACCAAGGUGAUCCUGCACUUGAAAGAAGACCAGAUGGAAUACAUUGAGGAGCGAAGAAUCAAAGAGAUCGUUAAAAAGCACUCACAGUUCAUUGGCUAUCCCAUCACGCUCUUUGUGGAGAAAGAGCGUGACAAGGAGGUGAGUGACGAUGAGGCAGAGGAGGAGGAGGAGAAGGAGAAAGAGAAGGAUGAUGAAGAAGAGGAGAAGGACGAGGACAAGCCUGAGAUUGAGGACGUCGGGUCCGAUGAGGAGCAUGACCACGACAAGUGUUCAGACAAAAAGAAGAAGAAGAAGAAGAUCAAGGAGAAGUACAUUGACCAGGAAGAGCUGAACAAGACCAAACCCCUGUGGACCCGUAACCCUGACGACAUCACCAAUGAGGAGUAUGGAGAGUUCUACAAGAGUCUCACCAACGACUGGGAGGACCACCUGGCUGUCAAGCACUUUUCAGUGGAGGGUCAGCUGGAAUUCCGCGCGCUGCUCUUUGUGCCUCGUCGCGCUCCCUUCGACCUCUUUGAGAACAAGAAGAAGAAGAACAACAUCAAGCUGUACGUGCGCAGGGUCUUCAUCAUGGACAACUGCGACGAGCUCAUCCCCGAGUACCUCAAUUUCAUCAGGGGUGUGGUGGACUCUGAGGAUCUGCCCCUGAACAUCUCCAGAGAGAUGCUGCAGCAGAGCAAGAUCCUGAAAGUCAUCCGCAAAAACCUGGUCAAGAAGUGCCUGGAACUCUUCACCGAACUCGCCGAGGACAAGGACAACUACAAAAAGUACUACGAGCAGUUCUCCAAGAACAUCAAGCUUGGCAUCCACGAGGAUUCUCAAAACAAAAAGAGGCUGUCUGAGCUGCUGAGAUACUACACCUCGGCUUCUGGAGAUGAGCUGGUGUCCCUGAAGGACUAUGUUACACGUAUGAAGGACAACCAGAAACACAUCUACUACAUCACUGGUGAGACCAAAGACCAGGUGGCGAACUCUGCCUUCGUGGAGCGCCUUAGCAAAGCCGGCCUUGAGGUCAUCUACAUGAUCGAGCCCAUCGAUGAGUACUGUGUCCAGCAGCUGAAGGAGUUUGAGGGAAAAAACCUGGUCUCAGUGACCAAGGAAGGCCUGGAGCUGCCCGAGGAUGAGGAAGAGAAGAAGAAGCAGGAGGAGAAGAAGGCUCAGUUUGAGAACUUGUGCAAGAUAAUGAAGGAUAUCUUGGAGAAGAAGGUGGAGAAGGUCACAGUCUCCAAUCGCCUGGUCUCCUCCCCCUGCUGCAUCGUCACCAGCACCUACGGCUGGACGGCCAACAUGGAGAGGAUCAUGAAGGCCCAGGCUCUGAGGGACAACUCCACUAUGGGCUACAUGGCCGCUAAAAAGCACCUUGAGAUCAACCCUGAACACCCCAUCGUGGAGACCCUGAGGCAGAAGGCAGAGGCUGAUAAGAAUGACAAGUCUGUGAAGGAUCUAGUCAUCCUGCUCUUUGAGACUGCCCUGCUGUCUUCAGGAUUUACUUUGGAGGACCCCCAGACCCACUCCAAUCGCAUUUACAGAAUGAUCAAGCUGGGUCUUGGCAUUGAUGAAGAUGAUCUGACACCAGAGGAAGUCACCUCAGCACCCACUGAGGAAAUGCCCCCUCUAGAAGGGGACGAUGAUGACACAUCCAGGAUGGAGGAGGUGGACUAGGCCUGUUUCUACCGCCUGUUAGUGUUCAAAAGUAGUGUUACAUAAAACUUCAAGUUUAAUGUUGUAAAUGAGCCUGGGGUGGCCCUCCCCUCAACCUCCUUUUGACCAAAUUCACUUUUAUUUCCCCUUGCAUUGACCAAACCUGGAGUUCAUAUUAAUUCCUUUUUUAAGUUGUCACAUUUUCUAACUUGAGUUUCAUCAAUGCAAUUAUUUUUCUAUUUAUUGACAUUCCAGUGUACUUUGUGUUUUCUUAAUUUAACUGUAAAUAUAUCAAAAUUGGUGGAACACAUAAAAUAAAGAUUUACCAUGUUAACAA